ACGGUGCGGGAGGAGGAGCGGGAGAUCUACAGGCAGCUGCUCCAGAUGGUCACCGGGAAGCAAUUCUGCGCCUCCAAACCCUCCUCGCUCUUCCCCUUCCACCUCCCCCCCUUCUUCCAGGCAGAGCUGUGGAUCAAAGAGCUGACCAGCGUCUACGACUCCCGAGCUCGGGAGAGGUUGAGGCAAAUUGAGGAGAAAAAAGCUUUGGCUUUGCAGCUGCAGAACCAGAGGCUGCAGGAGCGGGAGCAGGCGGUGCCGGAGCGGGUGGAUCUCAACCUGCGGGUGCCUCUGGAGAAGGAGAUCCCGGUGACGGUGGGGCCGGAGGAGAAGGAGGAGGAUUCCAAGGGCCCCGAGGGAGAGGAGGAGUUCCCAGAGAUCACUGAGGAGAUGGAGAAGGAGAUCAAGAGCGUGUUCCGGGGCGGGAACCAGGACGAGGUGCUGAGCGAGGCUUUCCGGCUGACCAUCACCCGCAAGGACAUCCAGACCCUCAACAACCUCAACUGGCUCAACGACGAGGGUUUUAAUCCAGGCCAAGCUGGUGGGAGCCUCUUGGAGCAGAACCCACGGGCCAACACCCCCCGGGAGCUUCCCGAGUCCUGCAGGCAGUACCUGAAGCAGGAAAGCCUGGACAAGAAGAGGAAGGAGUUUGACACCAAUGGCUGGGCCCUGCUGAGCAAGAAGAGCCAG